AUGGUCAAGUCCCUUGUCGCCCUUGCGGCGCUCUGCUUCGGCCUCAGCGCCGCCCACUUCCAGAUGCUCUACCCCGAGUCGAUUGGCUUCGAGGACGACAACGAGGAUAAAGCCCCGUGCGGCGGCUUCACGCCCGACUUUGGCUCGAACAAGGUGGUCGACUUUCAUGUAGAUGGAGAGGCACUUGCCAUGAGACUGUUGCAUCAGCAGAGCAACUGGCUCUUCCGCGCCACGACGGACCAAAAGGCCGACUCGGGCUGGCAGCAGAUGUUCCCCGUCGUCAUGCAGAGCGGCCUCGGCGACUUUUGCGAGCCUCGCGUCACGGCGCCGUCAGACUUUGUGGGGAAAAAGGGCGUCGUCAGCGUCGUCUCGUCUGCCGUUGACGGCCUGCUGUACCAGUGCGUCGCCGUGAACUUCGUCAAAGGCUCCGCCGGGCCUCCGUCGGCGUGCAAGAACACCUCGUCGGUCAAGGCAUCAUUUACCAACGACGCCAAACUGUCGGCGCUCCUGGGCAGCGCAGCGGGCUCUUCCUCGUCGACACCGACGCAGUCGUCGGCAUCCGGAGCAACGAGCAGCGGCGCGGCCUCAGCCUUGAAGGCGUGGUCGGCGGCGGGCCCGGGAUGGAGCGGCGCCGCCGCGGCGCUGCUGGCCGGAGCGGUUCUCGGGGGAGUGCUGCUGGUGUGA